UUGAGCAGAAAGCAUGACAUCAUUUUGACUUUCUCUCCACCCAAAGAGGAGUGGGAUGGAGGUGUAAACUUCAGCCACCCAGUCUGUACGGGAAGAGAGCAACUCAGUCCAGCCCAGUUCCUAUGGGAAAGAGGAAGAACUGGUGGAUAAUCAGAAUGGAUCUCCUUCAUUAUUGAUCAGCCCAGUCCUCACCCCCUGGCUUCAGACAGAAACUAGAUAUUUCUAAAAAAGGGAGUGGAAGGCAGAAAACGACGCUUGGGAAUAAGAUCUAUGGGCAGGAAUCUGCAUGUGUAACUUUCCAGAUUCUUUCCACGGGAUGGUACCGAUUUCACUUAAACUAUUCAUCUUUGCUCAGUUCCUUGGAAUUUAAUUUACCGGCCAAUGAAGUAUUCCACCUUCAAAGGGGAAAAAAAAGCAUUUGUUGUCGGGCAUCGGCAAGGGAUCACCUCUUCUCCUGUGAACGGAUUAUCUUCUUUGAUCCUUCCUGGAAAAUGCCCCUUCGAAAAGAAUACAAACUUGUGCAGAGUUUGUGCACUGUGAACUGAGGACAACUCACUGGAGAGUUUGCUUUGGUUUUCACUUCCAGCACGGGAACUAUGGAGAAUUUGUUGUCCCUGUUGUGUUGCCUCUCUCUGCUGAUUUUAUUUCAGGUGUAUGGAAACCAUACCUGGCUACGCAAACACCCAGGUUUUGAUGUCCUGGCCCAAGCAUCGCAUUAUUGGCCCCUGGAGGCUGUGGAAGGAAUCCAUGAGUUGCGAGACGCGAAUGGAGCUUUAAGAUUCCACAACUUCACUGUGCUUCCUUCCCAUAAUUCUACUUUUGUAUAUACCAAUGAUUCUGCCUACUCUAACUUCUCUGCAACUGUAGAUAUUGUAGAGGGAAUAGUGAACAAAGGUAUCUGCGUCCCAGCUGUUAAAGGAAUGACCUUCCUCCUUUUUGGAAGCUCUCAGAACUCUUGCAUUGUUAACCCGGAAUUCUGUGAACCUGAAGGUGUAACCUUCUCUUUUUUCUGGAAGACUCAGGAGCAGCAGACAAAGCCACCUCCUGCAUAUGGCGACCAGGUACUUUCCAGUGGAUUUAAAGUCUACUUCAGUGAAAGCAAAGGGUCUAUAGAGCUCUUUAACCACCAGACUUCAAAGAAGUGGGAAGCUGAUUUCAUUCCGCCAGGUCCCCAAUGGACUCAUGUUCUGUUUACCUGGAAAUCUGAAGAUGGCUUGAAAGUCUAUGUCAAUGGAACCUUAAAUACCACUGAUCCAAAGGGGACACUUUUCUACAGCUACGAUGACUCCAAUUCAAACAUGUUGACAGGGUCAGAGGGUGACCAGGCUAAGCGUUACGUCAAUGGGGCUUUUGAUGAAUUUAUCAUAUGGGAAAGAGUGCUCACGGCCAAUGAGAUUGAGCAGUAUUUUACUGCUGCUGUAGGUGACCAGUCAUUGUUUUCUUCAGCAGCUCCAUGGGGAUGGCAGGGAACUGCAACCCUUCCGAUGCUGUCCAGAAAUGCAUACCAGCCCAUAAUAAUUAACCUUACAGAGGAGAGAGGAAACUUUCACCGGCCAUAUACCAUGUUGGACUAUUUAGGAAACAUUUCCCAUGCCUUACCCAACGAGUCACUUACGGCAAAUACGGCCUUCAACCUUACUGAGGUCUUCUUUAAAACUGUGGAAGGUGUGCUUUCGUUUCACGGCUGGAAUGAAAUGUCACAGACAGUACCCAUUGCUCAAGACUUAGUUGAAACAAUUGACAGUGUGAUGUUUCAUGUGGGCCGCAAUCUUGGAGGAAGCCCAUCAGCCAUAACAGUCGAAGGCACAUCAUCUGUGGCAGAUUACUCUUUGGUCAAGAUGCCUCCUCUACACCUGAGCGUGCCCCACUACCGUUUCCCAUUGGAAGGGCAGAGUUAUAUAUCUAUUCCUGGAGAAGCGUUUCAGAACAAAGCUUGGAUAACCAUUGUGGGACUUCUCUACCAUACCAUGCACCAGUUCUUCGGAAGUAUCAGACCAAUAGAAACAAAAAUUCCUGGAGCUGCUGCCUGCAAGGACUGCAUGAUUUUUGCAAGCAGCUACCUUAUCUCCCUGAAAGUGGAGCCCCCGCCGACAUUGUCCCACAAUUUGUCCGGUUCUCCUCUCAUUACCAUCCAUUUGAGACACAGGCUGACCGCUCCCCAAUACAGCCAAGUCAUGAACGAAAGCAACCGAGCGAACUUUUACUGUGCCUUUUUGGAUUACAGCAACGGAAGUGGUGUUUGGUCUAAUGAAGGCUGCGUGCGUGAUGAAGGGGAUGCCAACUAUUCGGUCUGUUUGUGUAACCAUCUCACAAACUUUGCCAUUUUGAUGCAAGUUGUACCACUCAAGCUCUCAGCGGGACACAAGGUGGCGCUGUCCUCCAUCAGUUACAUCGGCUGCUCCAUUUCCAUCUUCUGCCUGAUGAUCACAUUGGUCACGUUUGCGGUUCUGUCCUCUGUCAGCACCAUAUGUAACCAACGCUACCACAUCCAUGCCAACCUGUCAUUUGCCAUUUUAGUGGCUCAGAUCCUACUGCUUAUAAGCUUCCAGUUCAAUCCUGGGACGGUGCCCUGCAAAAUCCUCGCCGUUCUCCUCCAUUUCUUCUUCUUGAGUGCUUUUGCAUGGAUGCUAGUGGAAGGAUUUCAUCUCUACAGUAUGGUGAUCAAAGUGUUUGGAUCUGAAGAAAGCAAGCAUUUAUACUACUAUGGAAUUGGAUGGGGCUGCCCACUGCUGCUCUGUGUCAUCUCAGUAACGUCAGCUGUGGAAAGCUAUGGAGAGGACAACUGCUGGCUUUCGCUGAAGAAUGGCACAAUCUGGGCUUUUGUGGCCCCAGCUCUGUUUGUAAUUGUAGUUAACAUCGGCAUUCUCAUUGCAGUCACCAGAGUCAUCUCAAGAAUAAGUGCAGAAAACUAUAAGGUGCACGGGGAUGCUAAUGUGUUCAAGUUGACAGCCAAAGCAGUUGCUGUCUUGUUGCCUAUCUUGGGAAGCUCGUGGAUUUUAGGUGUUCUGGCGGUCAACGCGCAUGCAUUGGUGUUCCAGUACAUGUUUGCAAUAUUCAACUCCUUGCAAGGGUUCUUCAUAUUCCUAUUUCACUGUCUCCUGAACUCAGAGGUUAGAGCUGCCUUUAAACACAAAACCAAGGUGUGGUCUCUCACCAGCAGUUCGAUCCGCAACAUCAAUGUGAAACCUUUCAACUCGGACAUUAUAACUGGGAACAGGCCAGGAACAGCCCCCACUAAACUCAACACUUGGGACAAGAGUACCAAUUCAGCAAACAAGAUUGAUCUUUCAGCAGUUUGAUGGCAAACCCUAAUGGCCCUCCUCUCUGAUAUCCAAACCACAUCCUCAGGAUCUUCGACAUGCUGCCUGCCUGUCCAGUAUUUUCUCAGAAUUUGUGCCAGUAGGAACCACUCCUUUAACCACCACCUGCUAAAUUGGGGAGGGAAUUUCCCAUGCUGCAUUGGAUUGAGUCAGUCUUUCCAGCUUCUGUUAGCAUUGCUUACUGCCUGCCACUUGUCCAUUGGAAAUAGCUGUGGAAUAGCUAGUGACAAAAUACACUGGAUUGUCUUGUAAACAGCAACAGAGACAGUAAGUUUGGGGAAAUGGAUUGUACUCCCUCAGUAAUGGGACUUCGGACAUUUAACGGCACCUCAGGAAUGAUGAUCAUGACAUGCUUUUCCGCCUUGCAAAGCAAAUGUGUGUUUUUGUGUGUGGCAUUAUUAAAACAGGCCCAUUCCUGUCUAGCGCUACAACCCCCAUUUGCAUUAAAUAAUAUGAGCAGUCCAAUUACCCAGGAGAAGCAUAGCCAGAGAACACCCGGCCAACAGACAUUUCACCUGGAAGUGGCAUGGAAAUCAAAGACAGAUGGGGAAAUAGAGUCAGGAUCAGACAAUGUAUCACGUGGUACAUUGGCCUUGGGACCAACAAUGAUGGCAGAUGUUGAGUGUGUAUGGCCUAUACAUCUGUUUGCCAGAAUCAACGACUGUCUGCCGAAUAGAUUUUGCGGACAGAAUUAACCUGUAUGCUUUUGGGAAUCAUAACAGAGCUGACUCUUGGGUUUAUCUGUCUUCUUUACCUGGCAGCAUAGGAUGCUGAAUGCCAAACAGGAGCACCCUCUCCCCACAAAGAAAUGCAAAACAAAACGAAAACACUUUCAUACAAAUCAGCAACGAUAAGAAGAAAAAUUACUGUGAAGUCGACUGCAGCUGGGAUUGUGUUAUUAUCCACAAAUGUUGUUGUUUUAUUUUAUUUCAUCUCCUGAUAAACAAACCUUUAGUCUUUCCAGCAGUGCAGUGAUGCAAUGUCUUUUGAAGGGGAAAGCAACACCUGUUUUAACCCUACAAAUGUAUUUUUUCCCUUAUUGGCUUUGCUACUCGUGUUUAUUUUCUGAUACAGUUCCAAGAAUUGCAUAGACUCAGUUCAAGCCACCUUUGCAGCCAUAAGGGCUGGCAGAUGGCUUUCUUAAACAGGCCAGCGCAAGGGGUUCUCACCACCAUUGCCCGCUUGCCCAGCACUGCUUCCUUGCAGUGAGAGGUGGCUGGGAAAGUGCUUACAUCGUUGCCACAACAGCUAGAAAUCCUGUUUAAGCUCAGGGCUUACCCACACUUACCUUUCCUCCAUGUUUUCCAGGCACAGUCCACACGUUAAAAUUUUGUGUCUGGGUAUCUUUUGUUGUUGUUCCAGAGCUUUCCCUGCAAAAAACCACUCUUUAAAGCUGAAUCAGACCAAACAGCAAUCUGUGGACAACUCAAAUUAUUGUGCUUCUGCUUUAAAGGGUGGGUUUUUGCAAAGAAAGCAUUUUGUGGGGGGGAUGUGGACCUGUGCCUGGAAAAAGUGGAGCAAAAGAGAAAUGUGGGUAAGUACUCAGUAAAUAAUAAUAAUAAUUUUAAAAAAUCAAUUAUAUUAAUGUAAAUUCAUCCCCGUGCUCCCAGGUUUAAACUGAACCUUUUAGCUGCCUUGGUGGUGGUACAGGCCUCCUCCUGGCUGCUUUGCCUAGAAUGCCUCACUCUCUGGAAGAAUCCCCUUGGUUCUUUCUCAGAGUGAGGAAUAACAGGAGAAGGGUAGAGAAACCACCAGCGGGGCAGAGCUGCAGCUUGCAGCUCUUCUUCUUCUUUUUCUCCUUCUCCUUCUUCUCCUUCUUCUUCUUCUUCUUCUUCUUCUUCUUCUUCUUCUUCUUCUUCUUCUUCUUCUUCUUCUUCUUCUUCUUCUUCUUCUUCUUCUUCUUCUUCUCUUCAUGCCUGCAACAUGAGAGGGGGCAGAGGUGAUUGUGAUUCAAGUGUAGGAUCUCAUCAGAUACAGAGGAUGGGAGGCAUGUCUUAUUUAUUUAUUUAUUUAUUUCGUAAGCCUUAUACACCAUGUAAAACAAAAUGAGCAAACCUUCCAAGUGGUUUGCAGAAAGGAUAAAACAAUAAAAUCAUUGGCAAAAAAAGCAAUUAAAGGAGCUAUUUGAAACAUUUUUUUGAGCUGGAGAGAGAACGGCAACCCAAGCAGAGCAGAACAGGACCAGCAAAGAAUGAGGCAACCAAUGGAGCGAGCUGCUUGACACAGCUGCUUCAUUCUGCUUCCUGAUUGGUCUGGCCCUGAGUAUUAUUUUUUUUAAAAAAUGAAAGGGGUAUGCUUGAGACUAGAGUUCAGGGGUAGAGCAUCUGCUUUGCAUGCAGAAGGUCUCAGCUUCAAUCCCUUGCACCUCCCACUUUGGCAGGGAAAGGCUCCCAUCUGAAACCUUGGAGAGCGGUUGCCAUUCAAGUUCAAUGAAGGUCUGCCUUCAGAGGUCUUCUAAAAGUUGUAUAGUUCUUUAUGUCUUUGACAUCUGAUGGGAGGGCAUUCCACAGGGUAGGCACCACUGCCGAGAAGGCGUUCUGCCUGGUUCUCGCAGUGAGGGAACCACCAGAAGGCCCUCGGAGCUGGACCUCAGUGUCUGGGCUGAACGACAGGGGUGGAGAUACUCUUUCAGGUACAUAAUGUUGCAGGCACGAUGUGCUGUGGUUGGCUCUGAAAAGGAAGGGAAAGUGGAUAUUUUGCAGAAGAGUGGAGCGGGGGCAGAAUCUGCAAGCCAGUGCAAUCGUCCUGGGCUCCCAACGAUGGGAAAUUGUGGCUGUUACGUCUGUACCAGUUUAUGCCUGUUUUAUUUUAUGACCGCAUGGUGAAGUUAAGUAACUCAAUUUCCAUGCUUUGCAUGUACAUAUUUAACAACACCUUUUUAAUGUGUGGUGGUUUUCGGAGCUAGAAAACACUGUAUUAAGAACUGUUUCUUUGAAAAUCAUUUUUAAGAAUCCUCUUUUCUUUGAUCAGACGCACUUUCUGAUCAGACACACAGGGUAGUGUUUAUGUGUGCAUGUUGUGGAGGCUGGGCCAUUAGGGGAAAUGGAAGCCCAUCCCCAUCAACAUUAUUCCCCUCCUGCCUGUCUUCUCACUUAGAACUACUGCCUGUUAGCUUCUUCCUCCUUGGUCUGUGUUGUCCUUGCAGAACUCAGCAGAGAGGCGAAUGGGGACAAAACUAGAAUUAGUUGACCUUUGAUGGGUUCUAACUACACCUGUCAUUGACUUCGGCUCUGCCUUCCUCCUUACCAAUCCCAAUGGACACCAGCCACCUCUGUGGGCAUGGCACAUAAGCACUGAAAAUGAGUAAGCCAUAAAUGUUGCUUUUGCAUCUUUUCCUGUUCCUCAUGCUGGACCUUGUGCAUUUCCUCACUGCUUUGCACAGUGCAAUAAAUGUACCAAAGAAGGAACAUUCUAACAAAUCUCUUCCUCCUCUUCUUCCACAGCCCUUUUCUAAAGUAUGAAAGUUUUGCCAUUUAUUUAUGGGCUCUAUAAUGUAGCUUUUGUGAUACGUCUACUUCAAGACAGCACUGUGUUGACGACAAUAUGGAACCUUAAUGGAAUGAGAUGUGAGUUAAAAAUAGAUUAUGUAGCAGCAAUGAUGACUUUGCCUCUAAAGUAAUAAAAUGGUUGAUAUGACUGCUCCCCCUGCUGCCUCUCAAAAUGAAAAAACAACAACAACCACCAACUUUCAAUUUCUUAAUAAAGAUGAAUGUGAGCUUGCUCAUUUUUUUCUCCCUGUCAUUGUAGAUUAUAAGAGCAUGGCAGGGGCUGAGGGGUGGGUGUGUUGUAGCGCUAUGAACAUCAACACUUGGGAGAGGAUGCAAAGGAUUCUGCCACUAGGGACCAAAUGAGAGUUUUAGCACAAGGCACAGCCUAGGCAAUGUAAGUAUCCACUGAACAUCUAUACCCUUUUUCAUUUCCUUCUGGGCAAAUCUUGGGGGCAGGGAGACAGGCACAAGCCAGUGAUGCAAUGAAGCCGAAAGUAAAAGUGGGCACAGCAAUGGAAUGCAAUUUUUACCCUUUUACAAUGGUCUAGUUUCUACACGCACUAGUCACACAGCCCUCUCUUUCCUCCAUCAGAGGCCACACCAAAGUUAGCAUGGCUGCCUUGAGUGCAUGAACAAAAGGUAUGUUGUUACAGGUAGGUAGCCGUGUUGGUCUGAUUCGAAGCAGAAUAAAAAAAAUUCCUUCUGUAGCACCUUAAAGACCAACUAAGUUUUUAUUUUGGUAUGAGCUUUCAUGUGCAUGCACACUUCUUCAGAUACACUGAAACAGAAGAGCCAGACCCUUAUGUAUAUUC